CUGUCAAAUGUCAAAAUACAGUUUGACAUUUUAAUUUUUUGCAAUUUCUAAUAACUAAAUUAUUUUAUAACUAAAACUUUUUUAAUUAUGGCCGCUAAUUUACCAACAGGACUGACGUCUCAUACAAGAAAAGUGCAAAGUUUAUAUAAAAGGGCGGUCAGACUAUUAGAGGCCUAUUAUGAUAGAAGGGAUGUGUUUCGUUACCAAGCGGUCCUGAUGAGGGCCAGAUUUGACGAAAAUAAGGAUAUUAAAGACAUGAUUGCUGCUAAAGACUUAAUAGAAAAAGGAGAACAAGAAUUAUUCGAUAAACAACAUUGGCACCCUAGGAAAUUUCCUGAAUCUCCUGGUGGUGUUGCUUGGGGUAGAGAAGUCCCUCCGCCUGAUUGGGUGUUGGACUAUUGGCAUCCCCUAGAAAAAGCUCAAUACCCAGAAUACUUUGCCAGGAGAGAACAAAGGAAAAAGGAGUUUGUCAAAAUAUGGGAGAAGCAAUACGGAAAGUCCACUGGUGAACACCAUUGAGCAUAUUACCAUUUUAAAUAGUGUUAUGAAAUGUUAUCUAAGUAUACUUGAUUGAAAUAAAUAAGGUAGAAUUCUA